CCAUUUUCGGUUCUGGUGAUUUGAUUUUAACAGUUUUGUCACUUUUUUCUUUGUUUUGUUGACCACUCACUUCCUUUCCUACAUCGGAAGCUGCAAACAUACAUACAUAGUACAAACUCACCUCCCAAGUUCCAUGCUUUUGUGCUCUGCACAGGGGCAAGAGGAGGUAGACAAAAAAAGCUAUAAUUUUUAAAGGGAUCACAACCCUCUCUUCUGCCAAACCAAACCCACUUUUUCUGUCUUCUACCCACGAUUGGUAGAUCAGUUAAAAAUCUUUAUGGGGGUAGCAAUAAUUAUACCUUCUUAGGGGGUGUCUUAAAAGGAUCUGGUGUUACAAGAUUUUCCUUGCAGCAACUUUGGAUUGGCUUCUGAAUUUUGGUUUUGCAGUUGCUGAGAGCUCAACAAGAAAAUGGGUGGUGGAAAUCAAGAGGCUCUCAAGCAGUUGCAGUCCCUGAUGGAAAAUGUGGAUGAGCAGCUGAAGAACACAUUUCAGAACAUGCACCAAGGUUAUCCAGCUGAAACAUUAAUACGGUUUCUCAAAGCAAGGGAUUGGCAUGUUGCCAAAGCUCAUAAAAUGUUAAGUGAUUGUUUGAACUGGAGAGUGGAAAAUGAGAUUGACAAAGUUUUAACGAAGCCUAUUCCUGCGGAUUUGUAUAGAGCCAUACGGGAUUCUCAGCUCAUAGGAAUGUCUGGUUACUCUAAGGAGGGUCUACCGGUCAUUGCUGUUGGUGUUGGGCUCAGUACAUAUGAUAAAGCUUCUGACAAAUACUAUAUACAAUCACACAUUCAAAUCAAUGAAUUUAGGGAUCGAGUGAUCUUGCCAACAGCUUCAAGGAAGCAUGAACGGUACCUUGGCACCUGUGUGAAAGUCUUGGACAUGACUGGUUUAAAGUUUUCAGCAUUGAACCAAUUGAGGUUGUUGACUGCUAUAUCCACAAUAGAUGACUUGAACUACCCGGAAAAGACAGACACAUACUAUAUUGUUAAUGCACCAUAUGUAUUCUCUGCAUGUUGGAAGGUUGUAAAGCCUCUUUUGCAAGAAAGAACAAGGAGGAAAAUCCAGGUGCUUCAAGGUUGCGGGAAGGAGGAAUUACUGAAGGUAAUGGACUAUGCAUCCCUCCCACACUUCUGCAGAAAAGAAGAUUCCAAGUCAUCCAAACAUAAUGCAUCAGGAAACAUUGAAAAUUGUUUCUCCUUCAAUCAUGUUUUCCACCAACAACUCUACAAUCACAUCAAGCAUCAAGCUAUCGUUAUGGAGUCAAUCUCACCUCCAAUCAGACAAGGGUCCUUCUAUGUGGACAUUCCAGAGCCAGACCCGGAUGAUGCCAAAAUAGCCAAAACCAUAGAAACUGAGUUCCACAAAUUGGAGAAUCAGAAAAAUGGCUUCACCAACUCACGAAAUGGUGUUACAGUCAAUGGCCAUCGAAAUACAAGCUACUAAAACUGGCAAGUUGGUGUUUUUGGCCUCUCCUGAGCCAUUUUCAAUUCAUGAUUGCUUUAUGGUCACUUUUGGAUGAGGGUUAUACUUGAUCUUUAUGAGGUUAUACCUGUACCCGGUUAUUAGAGAUGUAAUAUUAUGCAUUAACUCGAUGCAAAAUUCAUCAGACAUUCCUUAAUCUAAUUUCUAUAACCACCUUGGGAUAAUGA